AUGGCGGACGUAGAAGUUGCCUCGUCCAGUGGAGAUCACCAAGAAGUUGUAGAAAAGGCUGACGAAUUCCCUGAGCAGGACAAGAAACGCAGGAAAAUCUGCAAAUCCUCCGAUGGAAAGAGCAUCAAGCUAGAGCAGCGGCUCGGGGGGAUUCUGUGCUGCGCAGUGUGCCUGGACCUUCCUCGGUCAGCUGUCUACCAGUGCACCAAUGGACAUCUUAUGUGCGCUGGGUGUUUCACCCAUCUCCUGGCCGAUGCUCGCCUUCGUGAUGAAGUGGCCACGUGCCCCAAUUGCCGCAUUGAGAUUAGCAAGGGUGUGGCUUCCCGGAACCUUGCUGUCGAAAAGGCAGUCAGUGAAUUGCCUGCUGAGUGCCAAUUUUGCAACAAAGAGUUUUCUAGAAAUUCCCUUGAUCGUCAUGAGGAGCUUCUGUGUGAAGAACGUUUGACCAGCUGCCGAUUCAGUCGAAUUGGUUGCCCCUGGCGUGGACCUUUCCAUGAGGGGAAAGAACAUGAGAAUGUUUGCACCCAUCCUCACAAGUCUGGUGCAGAGGUCAUGGAAACUUUACUGUCUAUGGAUAACAAGCUUGAACAGGAAAAAAGACUUUAUGACCAUAUUUUUGAAAUGCUUAAUUAUGAGAAGGUCAUCUUUAACGACUUGCAAAUGAAACCUUACCGCACUGAUGAGUUUAUGCAUAAACUAUUCUAUGAGACAAGCCGCUUCUCAGCAUUUAACCAUCAGUGGGUGGUAAAGGCAAGAAUCAACAACAGUCAGCGAGACCCCUCUCUGAGCUCAGAACGGGAGAUGACAUACCAGCUUAUUCUGAAGACGAAGACAACAUGCCCACUCUCCAUGUCAUUCCUUGUGAUCCGUGGACCUUUUGGAGACAUGAAGGCUACUCCCAAAGUGGACAAGUUUGACUUCACCGAUCAAGAGAAUGAAAGUCCCUAUGUCCGCCUUGCUUUACAAGAUACUGCUGAGUGCAAUCGUUUACUCUCAUGCAAGGCCAUUAACUUCAGGCUCAUCAUGUUCCUUGUCAGUAAGUGAGGGUUGAUAUCUGAGGAGCGAGCGGAAAGCCGAGCGUCAAGUGUCGACUUUGAACCUGAAGCAGAUGCAGGCUCUUCUGCUGCAGCCCCUCAAGGCAGUGCGCAGCCUGGCCAGCAAUUACUCCAGGAAAUGUUGGACGGCUAGUGUCGCUGCUCAAAGACUUGGAACAUCUUACCAAAUCAUCAUGUAUCCUAACCCAUAUACAUAUACAUUUUAUACAAAUAAAUUAUAAAGUUUUGUUUUUGCUUUUCUGGCAAGUUGGCCUUGUUUUAUGUUCAAAGAGACAAAAUGCUUAUGUGUGUCAUAAAAUUAACCUUCAUUCAGAUAAAUUUGUUGAUGUGUGAGUUACAGGGAUCUUUAUUGUGUUCCAUUUUCAUUAUUCAACUUACUAUUAAUUUUCUCUUUGAAAACUUUGUGUUUUUUUUAGAGUACGUUUAGUCAAGCACUUUUAUCUCUGCAGAGUACCCAGAUGAUUUUACAUAUGCUGAGGCAUUACUUGUUCUUUGUAUAGCAAAAUUUGUACCAAAAAUAUUCUUUGUAAACUUAAUUUUUAUUUUUAAGAAAUUUCUUUAUCAAUACAGAGGUAUAAAAAUAUAAAAUAAAUUAUGUUAUAUGUAAAGCAAAGAGACAUUCUGUUAGAUGUUGAAAAGUUUUGGUAUUCCUUAAUUCUUUGAAACCACACGCAAGGUGUAAGUGUGUAGUGAGAGGGAAUUGUACAUUUUUUUCAUUGUCAAAGCUUUAUUUUUUAUCAAACAAAUAUAUUUCCUUUCUGUGAUAAUUUAACGCCAUAGCUAUGUGAUCAGUACUGUUUGGGGAUUCACUCUUUGAGCUUAAAUAUUUAUACAAUCAUCACAAAGUGCUAAAACUGCAGCAUCAUUGAAAGAAAAAUAUAGCAUUUGAUUACAUUCACUCCAUUUAUUUAAAUACUGACUGUUGUGAAUUUUCUUUUCAGUAAUGUGAUGCAUAUAAUGGUGCACGGUGUACUUUGUGUUGAGAUGAAGCAGGAUAUGUCCAAUAAUGUCACUAAUGGGAACACUUUCCUGUUCAUGGAGUAUAGAUGAGACUCGUGAACCAGAACUAAUGUUGCUUGUUUUACUCUCCUUGUCUUAAUAAGAACUUCCUGGACAAAAUAACAGUUAUCUUAUCUCGUAAGAUAUUUGAAGAUCGAGGUAAUGUGUGUGAUUGGAGAUGAGCUCUCUCAAGAGUAGUGCUUGAAGUGUAGUUGCCACUGGGCCCAUGGAGUACCCAUGGUGACAGGUCUUCCUUUUAUACUUGGGCUAUGGUUCUACAUUGUUUAACUCAGCUGUUGUUUUAUUUUUUUUCUCCUUUUAUAAGUAUAAUUAUUAGUACUAUUAUUAUCAUUAUUCACACCCAAUAGUUGUUUUCAUUUUAUGGUUUGAUGGAGGCUUUGUAAUUGUGUUAUAUUUUUCCCUGUAGUGUAAAGCAAUGCAGGUAGGGAACUUAACUUAGGUUUAGCUGGGUCAUUUGCCCACAGCUCCUUUGAACUAAUCUCUCACCGAUUCAACCUUCCCAAAGCACUGUAGUGGAGUUACACAGACAAUCAGUAGUUGGCUGAAGGCUGCACUAAAGUUUCCACAGAGAAAUACUUCUGUGUCAGAUUUCAUGUGUCCAUUGAGUGUUUCUUUAGUUUUCCUAAUAAUUGUUAAGAAUUUUUAGUGGCAUACCCACAGAUAAUUUGGCAUGUUUUUAAAAAUUUUACUUGGGUUAUGUACGUAAAAUUUGAUCUAGUGAAGGGGAAAAAAGUGCUGUGCUGCCAUAUGUUACAGAAAACCAAGUCAUUACUUUAACAGAAGAAAGAAAAAUGUUUCCCCCCUCCUCAUGGUGUGUUAUGUGUAUUCUCAAAACGUAAGCAAAUAUUAUAUUGUUAACUUCACAAAUAAAUGACUAUAGGUUUUAAAAUGUACAAGAA